GUAUCGAUUGUGUUUACACUUUACUGUUUAGCGAGUUUACCUUUGUUCAGUAAAUUAAAGUAAAUAGUAAUAUAAUAUAACGUUGAGUUAUUUUGUAGUAGGGAUACAUUAUUAACAUUUAAAUUUCGAAUAAUCGUUUUUCCAGUAAACGCCGGUACUAAUUUAACAAUGGCCGAUUUAGAGAGUAAAAUACUCGGCGAAAAACAGCAUUACUAUUGUAGUAGCAGCGAUGAAGAAGAACCAAUGCUCGAUCGUGAUCCACCUAAACAAUCAAAGUCGGAUUGGGAUGGCACAUCGACGAACACCGGGCCGAAAGGAGUGCUUAACGAUUGGGAACAAUUCCAACAAGAAAAAAAGGCUCAGAGAAUACAAAAGAAAAAGGACGUACUAAAACAGAUUCAGGAUAUGGCGUUGACAUGUAAAUCUGAACUGGACGAAUUAGAUGACAAAUUCCUCGCGGAAUAUCGUGAAAAACGCAUGAGGGAAAUGAUGGCCAGGUCACGCGAAGUGCCUGAAUUCAGUGAAGUUCAUGACUUAUUGACCGGUGAAGACUAUUUAAAUGCCAUCGAAAAAGAAAAUCCUAACGUUACUGUGCUCGUGCACAUUUAUGAGCUUAACGUUCCCGCCUGCUCUACUAUGAAUAUGUGUUUUGAAACUCUCUGUAGUGAAUAUAAAAAGACAAAGUUUUGCAAAAUAAUUGGUUCAAACGCUGGGAUGAGUUUGAAGUUUAAAAUGUAUGGUGUUCCUGCGAUUUUAGCAUACAAAGCAGGUCAACUGGUUGGUUCCUUUGUACGAAUAACUAACGAGUUAGGCGAUGAAUUUUUUGCUGGAGACGUGGAAAAUUUCCUAAUAGAACAUGGCGUUCUCUCAGAUAAGUCAUGUACACCUUCUAUUAUAAAUGACAACUAAAUAAAUUUUAAUUUGUAAAAAAUUAUAAUACAAUCAUUAAUAAUUAUAAAAGGUGAUUCGUAUACUUAACAUGCGAGGCUAUCAAAGACUAAACGUUUUGGUUGUGUGCCUGAAACAAAGUAUAAUGUUUCAUCAAUAUUAGUUGUAAAAAAUAUACAAUCUAUUGUUCAUAAUACUUAUUAUUAUGUAUUAUUUAGUAAUAUUUAAGUAAUAAUCGUCUUUAAUAUGUUAUAUUAUAGUGUCAAAUAUUAAUUAUGUUAAUUGUAUGUAUAUAUAAUAUAAAUCAAUUCAAAUUAUAA